GCGCAUGCGCAGUGCAAGUGCCCCCGGAAGUACAUCUAUGCACGCGUAGAUUUUUGACAACCUUAAAAAGACUAUAAAACAACUACCUGGCAGCUGUCUCCGGACAAACCUUUCCAGUGAUGCCAGUAAAAAGACUACUAUACCCUCUCUACCAGUUGGGAAACCCUCAGCUGAGGAUCUUCAGACCCAGCUGGUUCCUGACUCUGGUGAGGCCUGGAAAAGAGCAGCCUCCUGACACUGUCCAGUUUCGCAUCCCAAUGGAAAUGACCAAGUGUGACAUAAAGAACUACCUGGAGAAGAUCUAUAGCGUCCCUGUAGGAGCAGUCCGCACCAGGAUACAGUUUGGCUCCAACAAGAAGAGGAAUCAUCUCAACCAGAAGGUUAAGCAGCCUGACUAUAAAGUAGCCUACGUUCAGCUGGCCCAGGGCCAGACGUUCACCUUCCCAGACAUCUUCCCAGAAAAGGACCAAACGUCCACGGAGGGCUCCAUGGAGGAGAUGCAGGAGAAGUUCAUGGAGGACGAGAAGCAGAGGCAGAAACCCGACCCCAGGAGGGGCGGGGUCACGGAGUGGUUUGGGCUGUGAGACGGCCCCCUGACCGUGAACUCUGCUUGAUUUACGCCACUGUUGUGAUGUCACUUCUAUUUCUGUAUGAAAGUGUCACA